GACAUGGAAACGGAUUAAUAACAUGAGAUAAAUUACAAGUGAAGCUCAAAUUCGCUUCAUUGCAGUGCAGGAUUGUAGUCGUGGAGUGGGCUCAGGGUGUGAAGUAUGUCUAUUAGACGCCCUCCUUCAGUUGUGUGCUACAUUUGUGGUCGUGAAUUUGGAACAAAGUCAAUUUCUAUCCAUGAACCUCAAUGUCUGAAAAAAUGGCACAACGAGAAUCAAAAUCUUCCAAAGCACAUGCGUCGAAAACCUCCUCAGAAGCCUGAAUUGCUGCCAUCAAUUGGGGGAAGUAAAAACUACGAUAUAAACCGGUUUAAUGAGGCUGCAUGGCAGGCCGCUCAGGAUAACCUUGUGCCGUGUGGUAACUGUGGGCGCACAUUUAAUCCAGACAGACUGAUUGUUCAUCAGAAAAGCUGUCGCCCUGGCAAGCCUCUGAAACCACUGAGGACAAACCAGGGACAGAACACGGCGAGCGACGAAGACUCCAACAACAACAAUGCAAGACCUGGUACUGCCACAUUGUCCAACCCUAAAAUUGUGAAAUCAGCUUCAUCAAGUGAUUCCACCGAUGGUAACACUAAUGGCACUUUGUCGCGCCGGCCAACUCCAAACAGAAAUACUCUGAGAAGAGAACGGACAUUUACAUCUGCUGAUAAGAAAAAAAGUUCCUCAUCCUCUAACAACGGCCUAGCUAAACCCACAGUAGGGAUGAGUGGGGGUCCAAAGUCUGUUAUCUGUUACAUUUGUGGACGGCAGUUUGGCACUGCCUCUAUAGGGAUCCAUGAGCCUAAAUGUAUGGAGAAAUGGAAGGCAGAGAAUGACCAGUUGCCCAAAGAGCAGCGACGACCUCCACCUCAGAAACCUCAAGUAGCAUCGGGAGCUAGUGCUGCAGAACAGAAUGAGGCGGCAUGGCAGAGUGCUCAGCAGAGUUUAGCCGCCUGUGAAAACUGCGGCCGUACAUUUAACCCUGACAGACUGGCAGUUCAUCAGAGGGCAUGUAAGCCCCAGGGAGGGGGUGGGAAUAAACCUGGGCCAGGGGCAGGAAACUCUGGUGGGUCAUCCAGCAGUUUGUCACAAGAUCCUCCAGCUCAGAGAGGUCCCCGCACUGUUGUCUGUUAUAUCUGCGGGAGAGAGUUUGGUACCAAGUCCCUUCCAAUCCAUGAACCACAGUGCCUUGAAAAAUGGAAAGUACAGAAUAAACAGUUGCCACGUGAACAGCGACGCCCAGUACCAAAGAAACCACAGACCCUGGCAGGUAGCGGAUCUGGUGUCACAAGAGAGCAGAUGAAUGAAGCAGCCUGGAAGCAAGCCCAGGCUAAUCUGGUGCCUUGUGGAAACUGUGGACGUACCUUCAACCCUGACAGACUGGCUGUCCACCAGAGGGCGUGUAAACCUGGAGGGAAAACGGUCAAGCCUUCAGUGAUGAACCCGCCACAACAGCAAGGUUCUUCAAGUCAGGAAAAAUCUCCAUCCAGGUCCCCACCUGCUAUCAGACGCCCACCCACUGUCGUGUGUUAUAUUUGCGGGCGUGAGUUUGGGACAAAAUCCAUCUCUAUUCACGAACCUCAGUGUAUGAAGAAAUGGCAUAUUGAAAACGACCAGCUUCCACGUCACUUGCGGCGACCAGAACCCAAGAAGCCUGAAGUCAGGUCCAUAGGAGCCUCAGGCAGCUAUGACAUUGAUGCGAUGAAUGAGGCAGCCUGGAAGAGUGCACAGAGUAAUUUGGUGCCCUGCCCGAAUUGUGGACGGACAUUUUUACCAGAUCGCCUGAUUGUUCACCAGCGUAGUUGUCGUCCAAAACCUCCACCCCAAGCUUAA